UCGUAUUUAUUUACUUUGUGAAAUAGACACCCCUUGUCUCACCAUGCGGUUAAGUUUGAAACAGGAAGCUUUAGCUACUACUACGAUACUGAUCGUUCUUUUCAAAGCGUUUUACUGAUGCAUCAGGGUCGCAUCAUCGCUUCAAUCGAGCAAGUAAAUAGUCUCUCCGCCUCCAACAUCGCAUGGCCUUAGUGGAUAAAGACAACAGCCAGCGUAAUAUCAUUGAUUCUACAAACUAUAUUUCCUUUCGUUUUUCUCAUAACUUAACUGAGUAAAUAAGACAGAUGAACUCGUUUUACGACGGAAAAAACCCUAGUGAUUUAGGGUUGGAAGAGGAACUGAGUCAAGUGAACUGCCAAGAUGAGUUGGAGUUUGACUACCUGUUUGAAUACGAACCACCUUGCGACAACUUUCCCGGGGAAGAUCAAGAUGAGCCAAAUCUCUCCUCACAGAGAGUCAGCCCUCCAUCUGGUCUGGCCUACAUCCAGGAGGAGGCUUCCCCCUACAGCAUUAAGUGUAGUGAGCACAACCCAGAGAGCCUCUCUGGCUAUGAGCACCUGGAAGCCAAAAACUACCUGGACCACUCCAGGCUUGGGGGCAUUGCCCUGAGCCCCAGGAUCGAGAUCACACCGUCACGUGAGCACUACAGCGAUGGACGAGACUCCCUGCAGAACCACACUCUGAACAUCAGCCCCCGUCCCACCCUGACCGUCCCGGGCCACGAAAGCCUGGCCUACCGUGAGCCCCAGUGCUUGAGCCCAGCCUCCAGCAACUCCUCCACCAGCUGGCACUCGGAGAGCUACUCCCCCUGGGCCUCUCCCUGCGUGUCCCCUAGUAGUGGCCAGACCGGGGCUGGGGACCUCUGGCCCCGCUUCCAGAACAUCCACACCGGCUCCCCCCGCACCUCCCCAGGCACCUCCCCCCGCACAGAGGAGGGCUGCAUCGCCCCCCGCUCGCCCUCCCCAUCCCUCAGGCCAGGAUCCCGCUCCGCUUCCCCACAGGGCAAACGCACCUACGACAUGUACAGGAACACCAGCCUGAUCAACGGGAUCCCUUCCAACAGUCCUUCCCCCCAUAGGGGCCACGAGGAGCAUCCCCAAAAGAACGCAGGGGCCCACUACGGGACCUCCAACAGUCUGGCUGAGGCCAUGAACGGCUAUGGCACUGUCCAGCCUGGUCUAGUCCCCACCAAGAUAGUGAAGACAGCCAACCAGGCAUAUGCCUUCUACCCAGAGAACCACAGGGAGGUCAACUACCUGGUGUCCUGUGAGCAGGAUGUUAAGAAUAAAACUGGGGCUGAAUCCUUCUUUGUGAUCCCUCCCAUCUGGACCAAGCAGAUGGUCCCCAACCUCUGCAGCAUCCCAUUGUCUUCUCUGCCCCCUCUGGAAUGGCCUGUCCCCAGCCGUACAGACCAGUACAAGCUCCACGUUGACGUGCAGCCCAAGCCCCACCACCGAGCCCACUAUGAGACAGAGGGGAGCAGGGGCGCGGUCAAAGCCCCCACUGGUGGUCAUCCUGUUGUCCAGUUGCAUGGCUACAGGGGAAAGGAGCCACUGGGCCUGCAGAUCUUCAUCGGGACCGCAGAUGAGAGGAUCCUGAAGCCCCACGCUUUCUACCAGGUUCACCGCAUCACGGGCAAGACGGUUACCACCACCAGCUACGAGAAGAUCAUCAACUCCACCAAAGUCCUGGAGAUCCCUCUGGAGCCCAAGAACGACAUGAAAGCAAUAAUCGACUGUGCUGGGAUCCUGAAGCUCAGGAAUGCUGAUAUUGAGCUGAGGAAGGGCGAGACGGACAUCGGACGAAAGAACACUCGUGUGCGUCUAGUGUUUCGUGUGCAUGUACCCCAACCUAAUGGGCAACACAUCUCACUGCAAACCGCCUCCCAUCCUAUUGAGUGCUCCCAGCGUUCCGCCCAUGAGUUGCCCAUGGUGGAUAAACAAGACAUGGACAGCUGUUCUGUCCUGGGAGGUCAGCAGAUGAUUCUGACGGGACAAAACUUCAGCUCCGACUCCAAGGUCAUCUUUAUGGAGAAAACCCAUGAUGGACAGCAGAUUUGGGAGAUGGAGGCAACUGUAGACAAAGAUAAAUGUCAGCCUAGUCUGCUGUUUGUUGAAAUACCCUCCUAUCGCGACCUGUCGAUUUGCCAUUCCGCCAAAGUGAACUUCUAUGUCAUCAACGGAAAGAGGAAGCGCAGCCAGCCUCAGCACUUCACAUUCACUCCACUGGCAGUCCCGUCCAUUAAAACAGAGCCUGUGGAUGACUAUCCUUUCUCCAUGACCCAGAUUAUGGGUGUGUCCCCCCAGUCCUACUACCACCAUAGCCCUGGGUCCCGUGGGAUCAUCCACCCAGACAACGGCCUGGUCUCCAGCAUGGCCUCCUGCCAGCAGGUCCGCUCCGGCCUCCCCACCCCCGUCCCAGACACCUGCUUCCAGCAGCAGAGCCCAGCCAUUGUGUACUCCCGUGGGGGAAAGAGUCUGAGCGGCAGUCCCGGGGGGCUCUACCAGCAAACUGGGGAGAUGCGGGUGAUGCCCGACCCACACCGCUCCGUCCUGGUUCACACGGGCUCCCCAGCUCAGUCGUCCCCGCUGGGGGCCCAGCAGCAGCAGCAUGGAGGGGGCCAGGGCCAGCACCCCUCCAUUAUCCAGUUCUCCCCCAACAACCAACACUUGCUCCGGGGAAGCGACCCUCCACCUCUCCAGCCUGACAACCAUCAGCACAUCAUCUACUGUGAUGGCUACCCUCAGCAGUCUGGAGCCCAAGCUCACUCCCCUAUCUCGGCCCACUCCCCCCAACAUUACCCAACCACAGUGAUCCAGCAGCAGCCCUAUGUGCCCAAGGCGGUGCCCAAGGGCAGGUCUUCCCCUGGUGGGAUGGAGGCCCAGAGAUGCCCCCCUGGAGAGGAGCAGAGAGCCAGCCUCCCUGGAGGACGGGUCACAGUCAAGGAGGAGAACCUGGAUCAAAUGUACCUUGAUGACGGUGAGUUAAACGAGAUCAUAAGGAAGGAUCUGACCGGCGUGCAGGCCAGAGGUCAGACAUAGACGACAGCAAACAGGAAGUGGACAGCUGCAGCUCGCUCUGCGUCGCCACGGGAACUUCUUAUUCUUCCCUGUGUGGCCAACUGUCCAUCUCCAUAACAACAAUCAACUAUCAGCUACCAGCAUUUUGGCUGUUCAGUCCUUUUUCUUCAAAUAACUGUUUCUCAGCUAAAAAUUCAGUGCCUUUUACCCAAUGCCAAAGAACGUUCUACCAAAGAAAAUCUUCUUAAUUUUUAGGAUCAUCGUAAACUAGAUUGUGCCUUGUUAUUUUGUAUAAUGUAGAAGAGAGGGUGAAAAUUAAUUAAUUCAAGCAAGUCACAAUCAUGGCAGUAGCUGUGGCAAUACUCGGUGUUAAAACCUUAUGCAAACCUUUCAAGGAACUUUCACCCUCUAACCCAUCUUGUUGACACUUCUACUAAUGACACCAUGCAUAAAAUAUGCCAACAUGUCAGCAUUGCACUGUGAUAUGUGUAUUGUGUUAUGAAAUGUAAUGACCGAAAUUCUUCUUGAGCUUACUUUGAUCAUCUCAUCUUUCUACUCUAAAGGAGACGCACACUGCCAUCCUAAUAACCCCCAAAAUAUUUGAUGGAAUGUUCAUCUCCCCAUAUUCUUGCUUUUCAAAGUUAUGUGCACUGUUUAGUAGGGGAAUCGUUGUGUAUGUGUAUUCUUACAUGGUGUGUUGUCUUUAUUUCAAUAUUUAAUGUUUUUUUUCCUCAUUAUGUUUGAGUCAUGUGAUGAACUUAAUGUAACUAAAAUGUAUAUUACAGUAUAAGCACUUGAUUUGCCGAAGAGGCCAGUGUUUUUAAUACAGGUUAUUAUUUUGAACUGCUUAGAGAAAAAGUAUUGUACAUUUCUCUAUGAAUUAUUGAAUAUUGAAUUAGCCUCAAAAGGCUUAUAUUCAAAUAGUUACAUGCAAAUCCUUACACAGGAAAUAAUUAGUGGGAAAUGUAAUAGCGUAUUGUUCCCAGUUACAAAAUUAGCAGGCUAUAAAGAUGUCUAAGCAGGAUAGUUUUUGAGUGUAUGCCUACAAUACAUUUGACUACAAUAGUCUGUCAGUGCCUUCAGAAAGAAUUCAUAACCCUUGACUUAUUCCACAAUUUGUUGUUACUUUACAGCCGGAAUUCAAAAUGGAUUAAAAAACAAUCUUGCCUAUCUACUCACAAUACCC